AUGGUCGCCCCUAAUCAUGGGUCCUCGCUCUUGUCCAGCCUGCUGCUCGCCGCGGCCAACAUCUUGAUCCCCGUCUCCAUUCUCGUCUUCGCCACCGGCUUCUUCCCAUACAAGCCAUUUCUGCCCGGAUUGGCCGAGUUUGAGCCUCUCGAGUAUGGGCCGCCGCCUCCGGCGCCGUUUGAUCGCCUAAUCUUUAUGGUUGUCGAUGCUCUGCGAAGCGACUUUGUAUAUUCGGAAGAUUCAGGUUUCCAAUAUGUGCAAAGCCUUAUUCGAGAUGGCAGUGCCAUCCCCUUCACGGCCAACGCCAGGUCGCCCACCGUGACCAUGCCGAGGAUCAAGUCCAUGACCACUGGCUCUAUCCCCUCAUUUGUCGAUCUCAUCUUGAACUUUGACGAGUCCGACACCUCGUCCACGCUCGCUGCCCAGGACACGUGGCUCGCUCAGAUCAAGGCCAAGAACAUGGGCAAGCUUCUCAUGUAUGGCGAUGAUACCUGGCUCAAGCUCUUCCCAAACACGUUCGACCGCCAGGAUGGAACCACUAGCUUCUUCGUUGCGGACUUUACCGAGGUGGACCACAAUGUCACCAGAAACAUUGCCGGUGAACUCGACAAUAAUGAUUGGGGCUUAAUGGUCCUUCACUACCUUGGCCUCGAUCACAUCGGGCACAAGGCUGGGCCCCGAAGCUCCAACAUGGUCCCCAAGCAGCGUGAGAUGGAUGGCAUUGUCCAGGUCCUCUUCGAAUCAAUGGCGUCCAAAAAGCACCUCGACUCAACCCUACUCGUCCUGUGCGGUGAUCACGGCAUGAACGAUGCUGGAAAUCACGGUGCCUCCUCGCCCGGCGAGACAUCUCCCGCUCUGGUUUUCGUGGCCCCAAAGCUAAAGACAAUCUCAACCAAGCUCCCUGCGCCCGUACAGCCCAAGGGCGAGUUCGAGUAUUAUUUCAUGGUUCAGCAAUCGGACAUCGCGCCAACAAUCGCAGCGCUUCUCGGGUUCCCCGUCUCGAAGAACAACCUCGGGGCCCUCAUCCCUGACUUCCUCCCCUUCUGGCCGAAGACUAGCGACAAGAUCCAGAUUCUGGUUCGCAAUGCUCGUCAAAUUCUCAACAUUGUCACCGCUGCUUUCGGCAGUGAACUCUUUGACGCAGAGAGCGGAUCUGAUCCCUGCGCCUUGGAGUCAAGUGAGAUAAACGACUUGGCCUGCCAGUGGCAGAAGAUUGACAGCCAGGCGCGUUCACUCGCAGGCGUCAAGGAGAUAGACCAGGACUGGCUCGAUGCAAUGUCAAAGUGGUUGCGCCGAGCACAAGACCUGAUGAGCAGCAUGGCCUCCAACUACGACAUGCCCAGGCUGUUUCUAGGCCAAGGUGCGGCCCUGGCUGCUGCCAUCGCUAGCGGAAUCGCUGUGAUCCGAUUCAGCUCGCCUCAGCAGGGACCUUUAACUCCGCUGAUUCUCGUCACAUUGUUGUAUGGAAUCAUGAUGUUUGCCAGCAGCUAUGUUGAGGAAGAGCAACAUUUCUGGUAUUGGUCUUCGUCCGUCUGGAUCGCUUUCCUUGGCAUUCGCCACGUCCGAAGAUCAACUGAGUUACCAAACUUCACUUGGUUCAUCUUCGCCUUGGCCGCUCUAAGAGCCACCAGGGGCUGGAAUCAAACCGGCCAAAAGUUUGCGGGCGAGCCAGACAUCGUCAAGACAUUCCUCAUUCCCAACCCGCAGCUCCUCUGGCUCGUUAUCACUGCGGCCUACAUCAUGCUCUCAUUCCGCAUCCUCUCCCGCCUUGAAAGUCUCCCUUACUUCGCCAGCACGUGCCUCACCUCCCUCUUCCUCACAGCGGCCUUCAGUUUCAAACUGUAUUUUACCAGCGAAGAUGCGCCUGAACUCGUCGUCGGGUUCGCGCACAGUCUGAACCAGAUCUUCCAGGGACAGUCAUUGGUGUGGAGGGCUAGGACUGUCUUUGGUCUCUUUGCCAUCCUGUGGGGAUUUGGAGUGUACCGUACCCUGACAGGUGGUCGCGCUGCCCAGAUGCAGUCGGCAAACCUCUUUCACCUGCUUCAUACCGUCCUCGGCAUGACUCAGUCCCGCGCAACAAACAUCCCUCUCUUCCUCCUUGCAGACAUCCUCUUUCAUGCCUUGCAGGCCACCAACCUUUCCAUCACGGAAAUCAGUACCGUCUCUAUCCUCCUCCAGCACGCCUCCUUCUUCGCCUUCGGUGGCUCCAACACCAUCGCCUCCGUCGACCUCUCCAGCGCCUACAACGGAGUUAGCGACUUCAACGUCGUCGUCGUCGGCAUCCUCACCCUCGUUAGCAACUGGGCCGGCUCUAUCUUCUGGGUCUCCGCUACCAACCUCCUGUUGCUCCACAAGUAUAAAGAAGGCCACCGCCAUGUCUUCCGCCAGCACCUCGCUCUGCUGACGCUCUUUGUCACUGCUAGUGUCGCGUUCGUCAUGGCUGCAUGCACGGCGCUGCGGACGCACCUCUUCAUCUGGACUGUCUUCUCGCCAAAGUACUUGUACAGCAUGGCGUGGAGUCUUGGACAGCAUUUGCUCGUUAACGCUGGGUUUGGAGGUCUGCUGUUUUGGUUGUCUGCGCGCUGA